UGUCAUAAUGUGUGACUACUGUAGGAUAUGACAAAAUUAUCUUUGGAACAGCGACAAAACUGAUAGUGCAGUCACAAGAGAAACGGGAGCCGUCAAUUUACAAACUUCCGUCUGAUGAACAAGAAUACUGCCUGGCCACGCGCUUUACAGUUCACAAUACUACCAAUGGCACUUGGCCAACUAACGAAUACAAAGAAGAUGCAGUUCGGUUUGAAGGCGAGGGAUAUUACAGCAGGCUUUUACGGAAUAUCAAGGACUGUCCUGAAAAUGAGACCAUGUGUGAUAGUAGUAAGAGUGAAGAUGGGGGUUUCAAAUCAGAUGCCAAGACCAACUUUUUGGGACUGAGCAUCUUUUGGUUGAGGGUUCUCUUCUUGAAGACCAUUGUGUUCAAUAUCUUGAUGACGCUGAAAGUCUGGAUGAGCUAGUGCAUUUUGAAAUUGGUGACACAAUCCCAAAUUGGAAGACCUGGAUGAACAUUGUGCUGCCUAUGUGAAGAAAGUGGAAUGUUCUGCAUAACAUGACAACAUGGUUGCUGAAAUGCAAUAUUAUACAAUUCUUUGUUCAUUUAAGAAAUAGUGCUUUCCUUUUUAUCUGAUUAAAAAUAUACUUACUAUUCAAUAGAAUUCAAUUUUAUUUCCAUAAUACUUUUUAUUUACACUUUGAACAAUAGACUUUUUCACAAUGUACCAUUCAAAUCUAGACCUGUUUACUUUUGACUGUUUGUUAAAUCUGAAUUCUACUUUCAUUUGCCUGCACGUUAUGUCUGUUUUUUCUGUUUAUUAUUAUUUUUUACUCAGUGUUACUAAUCCUCUCUUUUUUUUCUUCAUCUAUCAUUUAUCAUUUAUAUUCCCAUAUUGGCUCUUUCCGCAUAGGUAUCUCACUGAAAUCAUUAACAGAAUAUGCUAAGAUGCAUGCACAUGCAUAUACAAUGUAUGUGUUUUUAUAUGUAUAGAUCAUUGUUCAUUUAUAUUUAGGUACUGUCUUUUGGCAGAUCAAAAUAAAU